UAAACAACCCGUGCAAGUUGGCAAAUAAUGCGGAGCGAGAGCCGCCGCCCGAGGUGCUGAAGUGGGUGCGGGAGCGCCCCGCGUUGGCGAGCGAGCGAGCGAGCGGCAGGGCGGCAGGGCGGGAGGGAGCGAGCAUGGAUUUCCAGCAGCUGGCGGACGUGGCGGAGAAGUGGUGCUCCAACACCCCCUUCGAGCUCAUCGCCACCGAGGAGACGGAGCGGAGGAUGGAUUUCUACGCCGACCCCGGCGUCUCCUUCUACGUGCUGUGCCCCGACAGCGGCUGCGGGGACAAUUUUCAUGUGUGGAGUGAAAGUGAGGACUGCUUACCGUUCCUACAGUUGGCACAGGACUACAUCUCUUCCUGUGGUAAAAAGACACUCCAUGAAAUACUGGAAAAAGUCUUCAAAUCUUUCAGGCCGUUACUGGGGCUUCCAGAUGUCGAUGAUGAUGCAUUUGAAGAGUAUAACGCAGAUGUAGAAGAGGAGGAACCAGAAGCCGAUCACCAACAAAUGGGUGUCAGCCAGCAGUAAUUAUAUGAGGAAUUAAAAGAUCUCAAUCACUUGAUAGCAGGUGGGGUCCUGUGCUCCUGCGUUAGCAUUUUUGAAUUAGCGCAUCACAUGGGAAACUUGGCUCCCAAAAUUAAAGUUUAAAAAAAGUUAAUAAAAACAUAAAUAUCUUUGUGAUGAGCUUUGCUAAGAAGUGACCUGAUUUUCACUCCUGUUUCAGUGGGGUUUCUAUGGCGUCGUCUUGGUAGCAUUCUGCCAUCAUUAAUUUAGAACUAGUUUUGUCGCUGACUGUCUCUUUGACUUGUGUUUGAGAAUAACAUUUACUGACAUGAAUGUAGAGUACUUUGAAUGUAGGAACUAUUGGAUAGUGUGUAAAGUACUCACAUAUGAUCUUAUGGAGGAAAAUGAAUGCAGAGAAUAAAUGCAAUCUGCACUUUUUCGUUUUAGUUCAUUUUUUCCCCCUGUACUGUCAGACAGAGUAUCAAAUUGAGAGCUUUUGCCUAUAUAGCACCAGUUUCUUAAUGGUUAAUAUUGCAGAAGUGCACAUAAAGUGCAGCACAUUUUAAUUUUUCUUAACACCACCUGAAUGUUCAGGUGCUGGGUUAAUCACUGGGAACAGUUAGGACAUUUGUGUGAUUAGGACAUGUGAUGAUAUAUAUUGGUACUUUGAUGCCAUCUGUAGUAAAGCCAAAUGCUGUUUUAAAAGAAAUUGAAUGAGUUGAAAAAAUGGCCAUUGUGUAUUCUGCUCCUGCACGAAAAUCAGCUUAAUUGGCUUUUAAUAAAACAAUGACAUUAUUCAAAUCUUGUAGCAUCCUGAAUUAAAGAGCAACUUAACUUUGGAGCCCUAAGGAUAUAAACCAGCACCUGGCUCUUUAAAUUAUAAUAGAAUCUUUCUUCACUCUGGGCUUUGUUCUUCAGUGUCUUGUACCUAGUGUAGCUAUUCACAUUUUUCAAAGUAGGUGUAAAAUGCUACCAAACCAGAAAGGUAGGGCCUGAUUCUCAUUCAGGCCCCCUUUAUAUUGCUCUCACUGUGUAAAAAAGCCACAAAGGGAAAACGGAUGUAAUUUAUGCCCACCUUUAAGGUCCCAUUACAUUGCCUAGGGUGAGUUCUCAGUUGAUGUAAGUUGCCAAAGGAAUGAUGACAGUUUCCAUCAGCUGAAGAUCUGUCCCCCGGAAUGGUGGAAUAAGUUUUAGUGUAAAUUAAAAUAAGACCCUUAGCAUUUUACAUCUCAUUUACCCAGAUGUGAAUGACUUCCAGGUAGAUGUCAGAUGGUAAGGACACACAGCUCUUAAUUUACUCACCUUUUAUUCUGAAAAUUUAAGAAAGGGGAUUCCAUUCUCAUACAGCAAUUUUCCACUAUAUAAGAAAGUAUUUCUCAAUGUCUGUUUUUAGACAACUUUUUUUAAAAAACAAAAUGUACGUCACAAACUUCAAAGCCCUUUAAUACAGUGUUAGCUUUAUACAAAUUAACGAUUAGUGAUAAGAAAAUGCUUGGACAAUUCUCAGAAACAAUUGACCCCCUUUAAAAAUCCCUGUUAGUAGUAGUAUUUCCUACAAGUUAUGUUUGUAAAGGAAAUUGUUUUAAAGGUUAGUUAAAGAGUUCAUUUUCUUGGUGACUUGCAUGUCUGAUGAAGGUUUAGGGGAUGCAUAAAACUUAAUUUUCUAAUAGAGGCAAAACUUUAUGUAACCAGGAUGGAAAAUGGUAUUUGAAUAUGCACAGAGGUGUCUGCAAACACUGUAAAAGUCUGCGUUUAAGAAUAUCACAAAAUAGACAAGAAACCAACCUUAAUGAAACUUUGUAUAUUCUCUUGGCAUGCAGGCAUAAACAUGAUAGUCGCAACACAUUUUCUAUGGACUAGUGAUGUGAGAACUGUGGCAGUUCACGUAUAACACUGUAUAGCAGUAAUAGGCUUUUUGCUUACCAAAAUAAAGUGUAAUACCAGUGGUUUCCAUUCCUGCGUUAAGUACCCAAGUUUUUCUUUCCAUCAAAAAGAGACUUUACACAGAGGCAACCUUCAGAGGAGUCUUUUGGGGGUUACUUCCAUAGAGUCUGAUCUUUUGAUUUCAGCUCACACAAAUAGACCUUUUGGGACUGAUUUUCCUCUGCUUUGAACUGAAAGUAAUCAUUGUUUGCACCUGUGCAAGGUGGGGAUAAAAUACUAUCAUUCUGAUUUGCUGGCUAUUUAGACUGAUUUUGUAUAAAUGCAAAUGAUUAUGCACACAGCUUCUGAUUCUCUCUUACAAUAAGGCCCCUUUGCACUGCUCUAAGGUGAGCAUAGAUGUAAUUUGUAGGAGCCUUCAUGCAAAUGAGAAUCAGGCCAUUUGAGUGCAGUGGGACUAUUUCUGUGACUAAGAACCAUUUAAGUGAAUGAAGAAUGGAGGGUCCAGCCCUUUUGAACGACAUACAAUGGAGUCGUGAUAUAUUCUGCACUUUUCUACCUUUGCUUGCAUUUUGAUUGAUGCUGAUCUGCAAAUGAACUGUUGAGUAUUAACAUGGUUAUAAGCAAACAUGAAGCUGUAAUUUAUGAAGAUAGAUACAUUAUUUCCUGUAUUCAUUAAUUUUUGUUUUUAUGUUGAACUUUGUAUUCCAUGUGAGUGAUUUCUGCAACUUUCCUAGGGUUCUACCCUGCAGCUUUCACUCCCAUUAAAUUCCCCUUGAAGCCCAUAAGAAUUUUGCCCAAAUGAGGACUGCAUAUCAGGUUCCUGAAAGGGCCCAAUCCUGCAAAGUCCCUGUCUCCCAUUGAUUUUGAUGGGAGCUAAGCUUGUUGAAUCACUGCUAGGUGAGGCUAUUACCAUGCACCAUUUAAAAUAAACUGGAAUUUGAUAUAGAGAGGAUAAAAUAUACAUUUACAGGCGUAUUAAAUGUGAAAGAGCAUGAAUAGGGAAUGUAUUCUAUCAAAAAAUAUUGGUUUCUUAGGCUUUGACCAUAUCCAUUUCAGUGUUAUUAUGGUAUUGUUUCUUAUUUAUCAAACAAUCCAAGAAAUGCUGAAUUAUUUAGUGGAACCACAAGGUUCCAUACUUUCUAUUAUUAUAUAAUUCUUCUCACUUCCCUUAUCUGAGUUGGAAUUAUUGGCCACUUACCUAGUAAGUAAAAGGAGGGAGGCCAGGCCCGGUGAACAGAACACCCGGCCCUGUAUACACGCAUGGGGAAGCACAUGCAAGCUGGGAGCCUGAGUCAGGGACUCUGGGGUUUCUUAUUAGCUCUUCCAGUGACUCAGUCUUGACUUUAGAUGAGUCACUGGGAUUUCUGGGGGAGCCUGUGAGAGGAAUGGAUCCAGAUCCCAAUGGGUAAUGGGUGCCUAACAGCCAUAUUUUCCUUGGAAAAUCUCCUGUGCUUUAGUUUCCCAGACUGUAAAAUGAGGAUGAUGGUAAAUGUUUACUCACCCAUAUAAAUAUGCUUUGUGACUUAGGGAUGGAUUCUGGUAAGUAUUUUACUAUUGUCAAUCCCCAAAGCAGAAUAGAAUGUUGGUGAAAAGAAAGUAAAAAAGCAUUGGCCAAACAAGUCUUUUUCCAUGUAGUGGUUUGAUUUUCUAACUCAACAUACAUGUACCAGAACAGUGAUGAUCAGUCCUGACUCUUUGGAAUCCAAGCUGCAUUUUUGUGAUGAGCUUGGGGAGAUCCAGAAAUAGAUGCAACAUUGGGGAAAAAAUGAAUAGCUUUUAUAAAUAUUACAGCUAUGUUAUGGUGGGAUGAGGAUAUCUCAGGGCAAGAGGCUAGAAUGACAUCUUUCAGGAAAAAGCCAGGAUUUCUGAGAAAUCACAGACCUAGUUCCAAGCGGUCUGCUUCUGGAUCCCAUGCAGUCCAUAAAGAAACAGCUACCUGUUCCUGUAUGGUGUCCAAGGGGUGUAUUUCUGUAUAAGUUAAAAUUAGCAUAAAGAGUGAUAAACAUAUAGGGUGAUGGGGGAAAGGGUGGAGAAAGGGUUAACUUAGGGCCUGUCAAGACAAUAAGCACUGUAGUGAUAUAGCUAUGCUGCCCUAGCUAUGCCAAAAUAACCUCAUAGUGUAGAUGCUUCCUGUGUUGAUGAAAAGGCUUUUUUCAUCAUUGUAGGAACUCCACCUCUCCGACCAGUGGUAGGUGGGUGGGUGAAAGCAUUCUAACUGGGAAUUCAUAGCUUUGCUGACCUGGACUCAGAGGCAUGGGUUUUUCACACCCCUGAGCACUAUAGCAGUGUUGACCUAACAGCAGGCCUAAGAGACCGUUUUUCCUGGUGGUGUUAUUUAUUUGCAGUGAGGUAGGCAUCUAGGAGCUCCAACCAUGGACCAGAAUUCCAUUGUUCUAGGAACUGUCCAAACACAGACCAAAAAGACCCCUGGAUAUAAGCAAUUCAUUUUAGAGACAAACUAAAUUCUGCAGUUCUGUGUUCACAAACACUGAUGCAUGGAACUAACUACCAUGCAUGGUUUUAAUCAGUAACUUGAACCUCUCAGGUCCACCAUGUCCACAUUGCGAGCCCUAUCCCUUAGUAUUUCUCAGCUAGUCAGUUCCACCCCCUUUGGGUAGCUUUGUGCCUUUGAAAUCUGUAAGCUCAUAAAAUGCAGCUUUUGGUGAAAAUAAUUGUAGCUAGAUUUCCUUUAUCAGUGGCCUGUGCACAUACUAUUUCAAUUUCACCCUGUGUUGCAGGAUGUGCCAUUUGAGUCAGGGAGCAGGAGUGGGGAAGGGGUUCUGCAGCGAAGUGGCUUGUAGCAUAUCCAGCCCCAGCUGUAGUUCCUUUUUAGUAAGUUGUGAAAAGCCAUCCCUGUAGUUUGCAGAUGGCUGUUGCACAGAAGCAUUGAAUAGUUGUCCAAACCUUCUCAAUAAAGAGGACUUCUAGUAAUGUUUUACCAGGACCCAAGACUGAAGCACGCUGGUCAAGGUUUGAUCAUAAGUGACUAGUAAUUUUGGAUGUCCUGAGCCAUCUUAAUAAGGCUGGAUUUCCAGGAAGUGCUGGAAAUGAAGUCCUUUCAAGGUGUCCCAUGUUAGACACCUAAAAACGAAGGCAUCUGAAAUCACUAGUCACUUGAAAAUCUUGCUCAGCCUGGGGUUCCAGCUCUGAAGAUUGAGUAGCUCAGGAAGAAGCAGGCACUGUGUAUCCAGCAUCUGUGUACUCUGUUCUGAAUUGUGCUGAACAAGGGAACAUUUUUAUUGGUUGUUUUUUAAAUCUGAUAAAGCCCUUUUCUUCCAGCCCACUUCGGCAAUAUGAGUUGCCAGUUGGAAAAUGAUGUUGCCUGAUUCUUAGGCAGGAAUGACUGAAGGAAGUGAAGUCAUUAUAACUCCUAUCAGGCUCUCUGUGGGUGAAUUUCCCUGGAAGCAGUGGGGCUCUCUCUGUGAGUGAAGGAGUAGGAUUGGCCCCUACAUUUCCAAAGAGGGUUACUACCAUAAAACACACAAUGGGACAGACCGAUCAUUCUGUAGUUCCUCAGUACCUAAACUUUGGCGUCGAGUCCUCUCUGAAACCAGACACUACCCUUCUGGGAUUUUAAUCAGCCUUGAUCUGAAAUUUACCAGAUUGCAUUGUUGGUAUCUGAUGUCCAUGGAGAUGCACAUUGCACACCGUAGGAGAUUUGUCCCACAGCCCUACUCGCAAUGACCAGUUCAGUACUAAAUUGUCAGUCAAAUGCAUUGUGGAGUUUAAAUCUCCUGUUUUAUUAUUUCUAAAGGGUAUUGUGCAUAAAGAUGCAUCUGUUAUAACAAACGUUAGUUUUAAUAAAGCCAUGUAACAUGGCUUCAUCAAUCAGCACUCAGUUGUAAGCAGGAAUAUACAGAAUAUCACAUAGUGUUCAUUUGCCUCUAGAAACAGUGCUUUGAGCUAGCCAGUACUGACCACGGGAAAGCUACACUGGUUUCAUGUAAAAUACUUUGAGCUUUUGAAACUCCCUUUCUGUACUGACAUACCGUUAUUUAUGUAGACAAAGAUAUGUGGUAACAUUGCAUGUAAAGGGUGUCUACUUUCGUCUUUAGGGAGUAGGGAAAUAAAUGUCAAAGCUGGAGUUCAGUCUAAAUCAAUUUUGUUGUCAAAUUUUACUAUACUAUUUGUUGGGUUCAGUCCAGCCAGCAACAUGACAAGCAGAAAUAACUUUGAGCCAUUUGCCAUGCAAAACUGUUUUUAGUGUGGUUUUUCUCAUUUUCUUGCUGGAAGAUUUGUCUCUCUUUGUGACUACAAAGCUGUGAAAUGGGUUGCCAAAAGAUGUUGCCCUUUUGUUAAAUGCUUUAAAAGGUGUGAACUUUCUAUGGAACCCUGUCUAUUCUUCCAUUCCUACUUUUUGCUCCCCCAAGACCUAGGCAUCAAAUCCAACAAUGUAGUUACACCAUAAGCUUGCCAUUAAAGAGCUUACCAAA